GUGUGGCACAUUUGAAAAUCGUGGUAAAAGUGGAAUUUGGUGGAAUUUCUUACAUAACUGAUGACACCGGAGCUGGAAAACAAAUUUAUCCACCCGUGUUUUUGGGAUAACUGGCUGCGUUAUCGGACAGGCGUGUAUUAUACGUAAGAUGUUAUUUCCCGAUUUGAAAAGUUUAUUUGCCACAACAGCGGUGACGUCUGGUAUUAUCCAGUUUUUAUCUGGAAUACCAAUAUGCAAGGGUUUUAUUGACACUGGGACAACAGGAGAGAGUGAACCAACAACGUUCGUUGCUGCACUGUUGUCGUCCUCUUUAUGGCUUUUGUAUGGCAUCGCAAUAUCUGACACUUCUACAAUUAUUGUCAACUCAAUUGGUGCGUUACUACAGUCCAGUUAUGUAGUAACAUACUACAUAUACGCUAUCAGGAAGUCACAGGUACUGAAGUACAUGGCUGCAUUCAUUGUGGUGUUGCUAUUAACACUUCUGUAUUUAUACUUCGACACAAAUCCAGACAGAAAGAGAUAUCACAUGGGUCUCAUAUGUACAUUCGUGACUAUCAUGUUCUUUGCUGCGCCAUUGGUUACCUUGCGCAAGGUUAUAAGAUCAAGAAGUACACGUUCUCUUCCAUUUCCUAUUAUAUUAAUGACAUUUUUGUCAUCAGUACAAUGGUUAAUAUACGGAUUUCUAUUGGGGGAUCCAUUCAUGAAGAUUGUAAAUGUAAUUGGUACACUAUUGAGCACAUUUCAGCUCUCGCUUUUUGUUAUAUACCGUGACCAACCUGUGCAGGCAGAGUGAAGAGAUCCCAGUGAAAGGACACCAUCUUUGCACCAAAGAGAAGUGCAAUGUAUUUAUUAUUGCUUGUUUAUUUUUUGUGUUAGGAGGAGAAAAGAAUGAAAUGAAAUGAUUGUGCAUGAUACUUACGACUGAGAAACUUACAUCCAUGACUGUUUUGUGAUAAGAUUUUAAAUUGAUGUACCUGAGGAAACCUAGACAUUCUGUUGAAAUGGGAAAAAUCUUCCUUCAAAUAUAUGUAAUUUUUAAAGGCUUCAUGUAAAUGGCUGUGAGAUAAUUAUAUUUUAUAUGAGACUAUAUUUUACUUGUGAGUAAUA